UUAUCUGGUGAAAAGAGGGAGGGAGAAAGAGGGACGGCUGGACUCCAUUAACUGAAGCCUGAGAAGACACUUUGGGAUACUUCACUUGGACGAGUGGAUUUUCCCGUUGAAUUGACCUAGAUACAUUAUUUCGAAAAUAAAACUUGUUGACUAUCGAAAGCUCGAACGUGUUAGUGGCUUUUUGGUUUUGGGUGGAGUAUUUACGAAGGAUGGCGCUGGACGGUAUACGGAUGCCCGAUGGCUGCUAUGCGGACGGGACGUGGGAACUGAAGAUGCACGUGACAGACCUUCACAGAGACGUGUCUUUGAGGGUCACCGGGGAGAUCCACAUCGGUGGGGUCAUGCUCAAACUGGUCGAGAAGCUGGAUGUGAAGAAGGACUGGUCGGACCACGCCCUGUGGUGGGAGAAGAAGAAGACCUGGCUGCUGAAGACCCACUGGACCCUGGACAAGUACGGCAUCCAGGCAGAUGCCCGGCUUCUCUUCACUCCCCAGCACAAGCUGCUCCGACUGCAGCUGCCCAACAUGAAGCACAUGAAGGUCAAGGUCAACUUCUCCGACCGCGUCUUCAAGGCUGUCUCCGACAUCUGCAAGACCUUCAACAUUCGUCACCCAGAGGAGGCAUCUCUACUGCGUAAGCCCCGCGACCCCAAGAAGAAGAAGAAAAAGCCUGAGGAAACUGAGGAGGAGGCUCUGGAGCUGGAGGGGCCACUGCUCACCCCUGGAUCAGCCUCGGAGAUAAUUUACAUCGGGCCGGUUAAAGGGAGCAUCUACUCCAGUCCAGGGCUCUACAGUAAGACCAUGACCCCUACCUAUGACUCCAGAGACGGCAGCCCCCUGUCUCCAACCACCGCCUGGUUUGGGGACAGCCCUCUUUCUGAGGGCAAUCCCAGCAUCCUUGCUGUCAGCCAGCCAAUCACCUCGCCUGACAUCCUGGCCAAGCUCUAUAAGCCCCAAUCCCUCCUGGACAAGGCCAAGAUCAACCAGGGGUGGCUGGACUCAUCAAGGUCUCUGAUGGAGCAGGAUGUCAAGGAGAACGAGGUCCUCCUCCUGCGGUUUAAGUACCACAGCUUCUUCGACCUCAACCCCAAGUACGAUGCCAUCCGGGUCAACCAGCUCUUCGAACAAGCCAAGUGGGCCAUUCUGCUAGAGGAAAUAGAAUGCACAGAGGAGGAGAUGAUGAUGUUUGCAGCCCUGCAGUACCACAUCAACAAGCUGUCCAUCAUGUCGUCUGACAACCACAUGAACAACAGUGAGAACGAGGUAGACGAGGUCGAUGCUGCCCUGUCAGACCUGGAGAUCACCCUGGAGGGAGGGAAAACCUCCAACACACUGGGAGAUAUCACGUCCAUUCCUGAGCUGGCAGACUACGUCAAAGUCUUCAAGCCGAAAAAACUGACUCUGAAAGGGUAUAAGCAGUACUGGUGCACGUUCAAGGACAUCACCAUUUCCUGUUACAAGAGCAAAGAGGAGGCUCAUGGGACACCAUCCCUCCAAAUGAACUUAAGAGGUUGCGAGGUGACACCAGACGUCAACAUCUCCGGUCAGAAAUUUAACAUCAAGUUGCUAAUCCCGGUGGCCGACGGCAUGAAUGAGAUCUGGCUGCGGUGUGAUGCCGAGAAGCAGUACGCCCACUGGAUGGCUGCUUGCCGCCUGGCCUCUAAGGGGAAGACCAUGGCAGAUAGCUCCUACAACCUCGAGGUCCAGAACAUUCUGUCCUUCCUAAAGAUGCAGCACAUGAACCCCGACCCCCCGUUCAUCGCUGAGCCUGCAGUCACCAACGACAUCAACUCGGAGUGCCUGGUUUCACCCCGCUACCUGAAAAAGUACAAGAAUAAACAGCCAGGCUAUAUCAGGGACCUGAUUUCGGCCCGGAUCCUGGAGGCCCACCAGAACGUGGCCCAGAUGAGUCUGAUUGAGGCCAAGAUGCGCUUCAUCCAGGCGUGGCAGUCCCUGCCUGAGUUCGGCAUCACUCACUUCCUGGCCAAAUUUCAGGGUGGGAAGAGGGAGGAGCUGAUCGGAAUCACCUACAACCGUCUGAUCCGGAUGGACGCCAGCACCGGAGAUGCAAUUAAGACCUGGAGAUUUGCCAACAUGAAGCAGUGGAAUGUCAACUGGGAGAUCAAGAUGGUGACGGUGGAGUUUGCAGACGAGCCCAGUCUGGCCUUCAUCUGCGCCGAGGUGGACUGUAAGGUGGUACACGAGUUUAUCGGAGGCUACAUCUUCCUGUCCACGCGCGCCAAGGACCAGAACGAAUCUCUGGACGAGGAGAUGUUCUACAAGCUCACCAGCGGAUGGGUCUGAGUCUUACUACCUGAGCCCCCUUUGUCGGGGGUGGAGGAGGUCAAGAGGGGAGGGGAGGGGAGGGGUGGUGUUUAGAUCUGGUGGGUAUAUUUUAUUUGUUAUAGAUUGUCGGCGGUUUUAUUUUCGGAACUGUGCUAAAGAGCACCACGCCAAGGUUGCCCGCUAUCGCCGUAGUUGUUAAGAAGCUGACAGGCCUUUUGUUUUUGUUUGCCUUAAUGCUGACGAAGGUAUUUGUGAACACUGAUAUUCUGCGCAGCACUGCGACCCCCGAUGAACUCUGAACUCCAAACCUUGCCUGUGGCUCUUCACAUUAUUUCACAGGAGGUUGGCUUUUUUUUCCCGCUUUGCCCCCUGUUCACUCCCACUCUAAUGCACCAGGGACAUCGGUCUUUCUCAUGCGCUGAUCCCAAGGCUAUGUCCACGAGUCACACGUUAACCCCUACACCCAACCGGCUCUUUCAUUAUCUCUCUCCCUCCUCACUCGGCUACGACUCCCAGAAGGAACUGAUUACAUUUACCCCCUUCAGCCGGUCAGCUACGGUGUGAUCCUAAUCCAACCGCAUCACAAAAUCAUGUAUCAGUGCUAAUGAAGAAUAGCAUUAUUUAUUUGUUGUGUUUGAGUUUUUCUGAGAUGUGGUGCUCUUCUGAGUUUUGUGUUCUGUCUUACAUGCUACUCCUAUGAUACGAUGCUCAGUACAAUGUGUGUGGAUUGUUGCCACUCUCUUGCCUUUGUACAUCCACCUAUUGUCUCCGAUAGGUGUAACCACAGGCAGUAGAAGUCAUCAAAGAAAGAGUUUGUGCAUAACAGUGACACAGUUUUACUUUGUCAGCAGAGACAGGAAGUGGGAUGAGGUAAUUUCCUUCCUUCGCUAAGGAAAGGUAGAGGAACCCAGAACUCAUGGAGAGUAAUCUCUCCGCUUAAUGAAGGAUUUUCACUACGAUUGGACUAGUAACAUAUGAAGUCACAUGUAGCACUUCUCCAGUAUAAGUAUGAUCCCUUUAUGAAUAAGCUGUAGAAGUUCAUUUUUUGUGUGCCUUUUUUCUUUGUCUUGAUGUUGUUUUUUCUUUCCUGAACUUACUCCUGAUGAAAAUGUCCUCUUCUCUGUGUUCAGAAGCUCUGUUGUAAUCUGUGUAAAAAAUACACCAGGCCGACAUGUUUGCUUGUAGAGUUUAAACAAGCCUUAUGGUUCAUGUCUACAUGGACUCUCUUCCCCAAGGUCGAAUGUCAUCACAACAGGGUCUGUAGUUAAACCAAGCUCAACCGGAAUGAAUGUCCUGUAGUUAUUCAGCUGAAUAACCACGCCUAGUUGCUAUACGUACCUUUUUUAGGGCGAAAUGUGUCAGCGUGGUUCAUGGACAUCUAGUAGGGGAUACAUUGUUUGAGAAUGAAUUCUAAACGGCAUCAUGUUGUCAACUUCUGAGGCAGUUACUGAAAAUGACUAUCUGAAUGUUUUCAUGGAACAUGUGGCCCGGAAGGAUUAUCGUCACAUAGCCACACUUGGGUUGCCAGGUAUCCACAGCAUGUAGGAAAGGCCUCCGCUCUGCCUUGUGACUCUCGUCAUUGCAUUGUGCAUGUAUAGUACAGCUGGAGGGAUGCUACUGAUAGCAACCAUGUUCCAGAGGGCAGCCUACUCAGUUAUGUUAUUGCCAUUCUUUAUCUCGCACCAUAUAGUAUUAUUAAAAUGUACCGUUAUUUUUUUUUUUUGCACCAGCAAUAGGUCACCGAGUUCAAAGAACGAAUUAUGCAAAUUCUGUUUUUCUUUUGUCCUACGUAUGAAGUAACAUUAAAUGAAGUAUUCGUUUUUUGUAACUAAUGUAAAAAACACAGGUUUUAUAGAAUUGUACAGUUGUUCUUUUGUUGCUGCUUUUUUUUUUUCUUAGUUUUUUUCUUUUUUUGGAAGUGUAUUUUUGCUUCCAGGAAAGAGGGGGAAAAGCCAUCUGACAACAUUGUGUAGUGUAAAGAUAUGUGGCUGGCAGUGUUACUGUAUGGUCUUAUUGAGUUUUUAUGAUGAAGAUAUAAAUAUAUAUAUGAAGAGAACACUAGUCUCAAACUCCAGGUUGGUAGGAAUUAAUUGAUAUUUUUCACACUACAUUAUUAUUAUUACUCAAACAUUUGAUGAAAGGGCUUUUCAAUUUACUUUUUCUUGUCUUAUAAGCUCACCUACAUUGCUAUUUUCUAUUUUGUUCGGCACUGACAUUGCUCUUUUGGUCUGUAAACCUCCACCAAGUACACAUACCUUGACAACUAACCCCUUACUCUGUUCAGUGCCUUUGAAUAUUUUAUAUAUAUAUAUAUAUAUAUAUAUAUAUAUAUAUUCUGAUUUUAUCACUAUUGUAGCUUUUCUUUGAAUAAUGUUUGUUGGCAUAAAGGAGACCCUUUUAUUUGAAGUAGACCCUGGAGUUUGAGACAAAAAGGCAUAAAUUAACUGAAGUAAAAGGACAGCAAGCUUAACCUAGUUUUUUCCUCCUGUGACGUUGUAUUUUGUUUGCCUCCAUUGUCCAGAGCAGCAGUGCAUGGCCUGCUGUUGUCAGACUGUAAAAAAUUGCAUUUAUUUUAAAAAAUAAAAAUAAUUUUUAUUUAA